GUUCCCUGGGAUGCUGAGUGUGCUGCACAUCUGUCUGAUGAUGUUGCACAUCUGUCCACGCCACCACGGGUGCCCCAUUGAUCCUGUGUUGCUUUCACAAGCUGGCACAACGCAGUGUCAGCCUUGUUCAUGCUCAAGUCCCAUCAGCAUGGGAACAGGGAAGACUUGCUGCCUGUAGGACCUCUUGUCACUCUGCUGUCACAUCCCCCCUGGUUCCCACCCUCCCCCACGCUCUGGGUGCCAGCCUUACAAGGCUGCUUUUACCGCUCGGCCUAGGGUUAGGGUUACACCUAGAGUUAGGGUUUUGAAAACCACAGAGCCCAGAGCUCCAGGCACACUGAAGCUGCAAAAGGCAUCCCAAGGGGAGCACAAAACUGCCGCAACAUGGCUUCCUCCACAGCUUUGGAUCCAGCCUUAGCCCAAGGCUGCUUUUCCUGCCUAGGGAUAGGGUUAGGGUUACGCCUAGGGUUAGGGUUUUAAAAGUCACAAAGCCCAGAGCUCCAGGCACACUGCAGCUGCAAAAGGCAUCCCAAGGGGAGCACAAAACUGCCACAACAUGUCUCCCUCCACAGCUUUCUCCUUUUAACCAGCCUUAGCCCCUGAUGCUGGCCAGGGACAGAGCCCCUAGUCCUGUGUCACAUCCCUGUCCUGCCGUGUGCACACUGCACUCAGGGGCUUCAGCCCUGGAUUGCUGCUGGCACUUUGCUUUCUGCUCCCAUGUCACCAUUCCCUGCCAGAGUAGCCUCUGAGAGCUCCCUAAUUCCUGCUGGAGUGGGAAGCUCUCAGAGCCAGCUUGGGCAUCUGAAAGGGUGGUGUCUCUGAGAGGGCUGUCUCUGCUCAGACAGCCCUGCACCUAAUUACACCCUGAUUCCAGCACAGUGUCUGCUGGGGAGGAAAUGACCCAUCCGUCUUCCCUCACAGACUAAUGAGGUCCAUAAAUUUUAGGAAAUUCUCAGUGGAGAAUUGCACAAAAGAGCUGAGAACCAGCUGGGCCGUUUGUGGUCAGCCCCGGCCCGCAGCCAGACACGCUCUGGGUGUUGUUCAGCCCUCCCAGCACAUUGGGGUGAUCCCAAUGGAGAGGUUUGUCCCACUCCAGCCCUCCCAGGCCCAGGGGCUGCCAUGCAGAGGCAGAGCCAGAGUCCAGAGCUCAGCAGUGGGGAGAAGCCAUGCUCCUGUGGGACCUGCCUUUCCCACUCCCCACACGGAGUGGGAGCUUCCCAUGCUGGCGGCGUUGGGUGGGAGCAGUGGGGGCUCUGUCCCUGCCUGCUGGACAGGCAGGGUAGUCCCCAGGGACUCCCAGAAUUCCAGGAUCAUUCAGGUUGGAAAAGCCCUGCCAGACCAUCCAGCCUGGUCCAACCUGUGCCCGGUCCCCACCUUGUCACCAGCUCAGAGCACUGAGUGCCACAUCCAUGCGUUCCAUGGACACCUCCAGGGAUGGGGACUCCACCACCUCCCUGGGCAGCCCCUGCCAAGGCCUGGCCUCUCUUUCCAUGAGGAAAUUCCCCCGAUGUCUGACCUGAACCUCCCCUGGCACAGCUGGCAGCCCCGUGGAACACAAUAUGAGAGUCCCUUUGUUCCCUCCACAGCUCGGCCGGAGCUGCUGGAGCAUCUCGGUGGGAACUGCUCCCUGUGAGCUGGUUCUCCUGGAGAACAGAGCACUUCUGUGCUCCAGCCUCCUUUCAUGAUGCAGCCUUUGCUGCUAAUUAGCCUGUCUUGGUCUGCAUCGCCCUAAUUAUUCCAGUUGGCCCUAAAUCCUGCCUGUUCCUCUGCCAUCCAUUGAAAUGGGUCUUGUGGCAUUUGCAAUUAUUUUGGGGUGAAUAUUUGAAUAUAUUUACAUGACAGAAACAGAUGAAGAGAGCAGGAAGGAGCAGCACUUGUCUUGUUAAUGGCUCUGACUCUGCUUGGUGCUGCAAAAAUGCCAGAGCUGUUGAGUGUCCCUCUGAUCUACAUCCCAAGAAAUCCACCCACUUUAUCUCAUUCCUGGGGAUGCAGUUGAGGCUGUUAAGCUUCAGGUGUGUUAGCAAGCAGCUGGUUAGGGCGGAUCAGGGAGUAAAGAGCCACAAAAAUACUUUUGGUGGUGAUGUUGCUGUGCUGCUGGGCUGUGGGAGGGCAUCCCUGGGCUGGCAGAGAGGCACUGCCUGGGCAGGGGUGGAUAAAAGCCAGUGGGUGGAGUCCAGCAUGGUGGAGUGGGAUGUCAGGGACUGGAAGGGGGAGCAGAGCGAGUCCCUAAGUGCCUGGCAGGAGGAGCAGGAAAGCUGCCCAGCUCCAGGCUCUCUCCUGCCUGCUCCCUGCUCCGCAUGGGCUGCUGCACAAUGUAUUCCUUCGCUGUGGGGGGAAACGAUUUUCUGGAGCAGCUCUUUGGCCUGUCAGCAAAACAGAAUCCAUGGACGGCCCGUUCCUUCCACUCCAUUCAGCUCCUGCCCCGGCCACAUAAUCACAAAGAACUGGAAAUCCCGGGGUGAGCCCAGGGGAGGAUUGCAAAACCUGCACUCGCAACUGGGGCGGACGGGGGGAGGGGGCGGGAAGCGGUGCCAGCAUUCCCGGGAGUCCCUCUGGGCACGCAGCUGAGCUGGGCACUCGCAGAGGCUGCAGCCUUCCUGCUGGAUGUCCUGCCGAGCCGUGGGAAGCCCCGAGAAGUCUCGGUGCCAGAUGAAGUUUCACGGAUUUCUCCGUCAGAUGCCCGUGGGGUUGGACACUCGCUAGCAGAGAGCUGAAGCCCCCAGCCUGCGCCCAGGAGAGCAGGAUGCGGGUCACCACGCGCAGGGUGCUGCUGCUGGUGGGCUCGGUGGCGGCCCUGAUGGUGACCCUGCACCUCGGGCAGCAGGUCCUGGAGUGCCAGCAGGUCCUGAGCGAGAGGAGGCACAGGCUGAUGAGGCCGGAGAACGAGGAGCUGGUGAUGGUGGACGCCAACCACGUGGAGUACCGGUACAGCAAGGACAUGCCCCUGAUCUUCAUCGGCGGCGUCCCCCGCAGCGGCACCACGCUGAUGAGGGCCAUGCUGGACGCCCACCCCGAGGUGCGCUGCGGGGAGGAGACCCGCAUCAUCCCCCGCGUGCUGGCCAUGCGCCAGGCCUGGUCCAAGUCCGGCCGCGAGAAGAUGCGCCUGGACGAGGCGGGCGUGACGGACCAGGUGCUGGACGCGGCCAUGCAGGCCUUCAUCCUGGAAGUGAUCGCCAAGCACGGCGAGCCCGCCAGGUACCUGUGCAACAAGGACCCCUUCACGCUCAAGUCCUCCGUGUACCUGUCCCGGCUGUUCCCCAACUCCAAGUUCCUGCUGAUGGUGCGGGACGGGCGCGCCUCGGUGCACUCCAUGAUCACGCGCAAGGUGACGAUCGCCGGCUUCGACCUGAACAGCUACAGGGACUGCCUGACCAAGUGGAACAAGGCCAUCGAGGUGAUGUAUUCCCAGUGCCUGGAGAUCGGCCGUGCCCGCUGCCUGCCCGUCUACUACGAGCAGCUGGUGCUGCACCCCGAGCAGUCCAUGCACAACAUCAUGAGGUUCCUGGACAUCUCCUGGAGCGACACGGUGCUGCACCACGAGGAGCUCAUCGGGAAACCCGGCGGCGUGUCCCUUUCCAAGAUAGAGAGGUCAACAGACCAGGUGAUCAAGCCAGUGAACAUGGAGGCGUUAUCCAAAUGGAUCGGGCACAUCCCGGGGGACGUGCUGCAGGACAUGGCCCACAUCGCCCCCAUGCUCGCCAGGCUCGGCUACGACCCCUACGCCAACCCCCCCAACUACGGCCACCCCGACCCCCUGGUUGUCAACAACACGCACAGAGUUUUAAAGGGGGAUUAUAAAACACCGGCCAAUCUCAAAGGUCACCUGCAGGUGACUCAGAACACGUCAUCUUCUCACUAAGAAAAUGAAUGAUUUCCAGAACGCUGCCAAUGGCCUGUUGUUGCCCGAGAAGGACGAGUGUGCAGUGGGCCCGUGGAAAUCUGUUCUCCAAGCAUAUUGCUUGCUCCUACUGUUGCCAAAUGACUGCGCUCCAGGAAUGUAUUUGCAUUUAUUUGCAAAGGCCAAACGUGCUCCGCGGCGGGAGCGUCCCCGGCCGGUCCCAGCUCCGUGGGGAACGCGGCUGUGGAAUCCCGGGCCGGGAAAUUCCCCGUGCCGCGGCUGGAGGACUCCGGACAUCGCGUUUGUGUCUCGUGAUCUGGUCCCCGUUCCCGGUGUGGGGAACAGCCCUCCCAUCCCCGCUGUUCCGUAUUCCUGGGAUCGGGAAGAGCCGCCCUGCUCCUGCCGUUCCCAAUUCCCGGGGUCAGGAACAGCCCCCUGGCCCUGCAGAGCCUUUGUGGUGCGUGUGCCCUCCCCCCGUCCCCGACCCUGCAGAGGCUAUUGCAGAGUUAAUAUAUGUCCCCCUCCACCCCCGAUGUCGGACACCAUUAAAGUGUUGAUUUGA